CAUCCUAGUCCAAAUGCCCCUUCCCUUUUGUCCAGUCGCCACUCGCCAGCCAUAAAACUCCACUUUCCAAGUCCCUCCACCACGCCACCACCACCACCACCAGAAACGCCACCAACCGCUUCUUCUUCUUCUUCUUCUUCUUCUUCUUCUUCACCGUCGUCGUCAUGUCCAAGUGCCCGCACCACCACAGCGGCCACAAGUGGAGGAAGAUAUGGAGGAGAGUGUUCAAGGUCAGCCUGGUGGUGCUCUUCAUAAUCCUGCUCAUAGUGCUGAUCACAUGGGCCAUCCUCCACCCCCACAAGCCCCGCUUCACCCUCCAAGACGCCACCGUCUACGCCUUCAACGCCUCCGCCAACCCCAGCCUCCUCACCUCCACCUUCCAGGUCACCAUCUCCUCCCGCAACCCCAAUGACAACAUCGCCAUCUACUACGAUCGCCUGGACUGCUACGCUACCUACCAGGACCAGCAGAUCACGCUCAGCACCGGCCUCCCUCCCACCUACGAGGACACCAACAGCGUCAACGUGUGGUCGCCCUUCCUCUCCGGCGUCUCCGUCCCCAUCUCUCCCUAUUAUGCGGCUGCACUGAGCCAGGACCAGAAUCACGGGUACGUGAUACUCACGAUUAAGCUGAGCGGGCGGGUGAGAUGGAGAGUUGGGUCUUUCACCUCGGGAGGGUACCACAUUUUCGUCAACUGUCCGGCGUAUAUUACAUUCGGGAGCAAGAGCACGGGGAUCGCGGUUGGGAACAACGCGGUCAAGUAUCAGUUGAUGAAGGCUUGCGACGUUAAUGUCUGAUGAUCAACGCUACUGCUAUGCAUAUUUUACUGGCUAUGGUACAACUCGUCGAUUAGCUUCUCUUUUUUCUUAAUUAGCUUCCAUCAAUAAUUCGUUCCCCACUUUGUCCUUAUUUAUUAUGUUUUUGACUUCUGCAAUAUAGUGGGUACAGCGGUGAUUCCCUCAAUCAUGUGUAGAGUUAUGGGAUGAUGUGAAUGAUAUUAGAAAAGUUUUUCCAGAAGAGAAGAUGGAUAUGUCAGCAAAGCCAUUAAUAUAUUUAUCUACAUUGUUAUGUGUA